AUGGCUCUAAACUACCAGGAGGCAAAGAUCAUUAAAGGGACGGUCCCGAUCCUGAAGGAGCAUGGCGAACAGCUCACUUCCACCUUCUACAAGACCAUGCUGCACGAUCAUCCCGAGCUCAACAACUACUUCAACACCGUCAACCAGGCGACCGGCCGCCAACCACGAGCCCUCACUGCCGUCAUCCUCCAUUUUGCCGCCAACAUCAGCCACACCAGCGAGCUCAUUCCCAAGCUUGAGCGCGUCUGCAACAAACAUUGCUCCUUGGCAAUCAAACCAGAGCACUAUGAGAUCGUGGGGAAGUACCUCCUCCAGGCAUUUGCCCGUAUCCUGGGCGCCACCAUGACGCCCGAAGUCCACGCCGCAUGGCACAAGGCGUACUGGAUCCUCGCGCGGAUGCUGAUAGGCCGGGAGGCGCAGCUAUAUCGGGAUUUCGAAAAGUGGACGGGAUGGCGCAAGUUCAGGCUCGAGGGCAAGGUGGCCGAGUCGGACGACAUCUGGUCGUUCCGCCUGGUCCCGGUCGACGGGAAGAGCCUCCCGACCUUCCUGCCGGGGCAGUACAUAUCGGUGCAGGUCGACGCGCCGGCCCUGGGAUACCUACAGUCGCGGCAGUACGCGCUCAGCGACUCGCCCAAGCCGGACCACUACCGCAUCACCAUCAAGCGGGACCCGGGGUCGCAGUACUCGAACACGGUCUCGUCCUGCUACUUCCACCCGGGCAUCGUGUCCAACAUCCUCGUCGACCAGAUGUCCAACGGCGACACCGUCAACGUCUCCCACCCGGCGGGGGAGUUCUACCUCGACACCAACAACCCCAGCAGCGUCCCGCUGGUCCUCGUCUCCGCCGGCGUCGGCGUCGCCCCGCUCAUGUCCAUGCUCAACUCGGUUGCCGAGUUGCAGCCCGGCCGGCAGGUGUCGUGGAUCCACGGCUCGCGCAGGGGGAUCCCGUUCGAGAGCCAGGUGCGACAGGUCAAGCGCGCGGGGGCGCUCCCGCACCUCCGAGUCAAUAUGUUCGAGACCGACCUCGCCGGCAGGCGCCUGACGGGCGUGUCCGGGGGCUACGACUUCAGGAUGGACCUGCAGAGGCUCGGGCGCGAGGACCUGUUCCUCGACCACGGCGGCACCGAGUACUACGUGUGCGGGCCCGAGCAGUUCAUGAUCGAGGUGCGGGAUUACCUGCAGAGCGAGGGCGUCGCCGCCGGGCAGACCAAGUACGGGUUCUUCAGCACCGGGGAUGCGGCGGUCAAGAGUUGA